AUGUCUAAAGCUAGCAACCAUAAAUUAGAUAUUGAUAAUUUGGACUUUAAACAUAUUUAUACGUUUGAAGAGUUUGAAUCAAUCAAUGAACAACUAAAGACACACACCUUGAAGAUCGAUGGAAACCCGGUAAAUCUAUUUGAAUUCCAUGAAGGAAAACUCCUACCAAUGUCACAAAAUUCAAUAAGCAAGGAAGCCGUUGUUUGUGAGAUCUCCAGGCAACUUUGCAAUUGGAAUGUGUAUACGCGUCAAAACGGAAUUAUCACUACAUCUCAGGGUGGAUUUAAUUUCGGUAAUUCUGAUCAGCGAACAAUUUGUGCACCUGAUGUUGCAUUUAUUCCAAAAAAUAUUUACCGUUCGCUUGAUCAUCAACAACAAUGGACCUUCAAAGGCCAGUCGUUUACACCGACAUUUGUUGUGGAGGUUGCGGUUGUCCAAGAAGGUUAUCAAGAGUAUAAUGAUUUAGAUAAAAAAUUCAGGGAAAUUUAUUUGCGACAGGCUCGUCAGUUGGCCUUGGUUGAUGGUGGUAGUAUUUUACCGGGAUUCAUACUUAAAGUGCAGACAAUUGAUGAUACAAUUUCACAGGAAUACUCAGAAUCAUCAUCAUCAGAAAGUGAUGGAACAAUCGAUUGUCCUAAAUGUAGUGUAACUUUUUCAAAUAAUUAUGAUUUUAUGAAACACUUUGAAAAUAGCCAUGCUCGAAGAUGGCAUCUAAAAAAUUUGGAUAAAGUUCCAAAUCAUCUUGCUGUUUUAUUUUGGGGGGAAAUAAAAGAGAAAAGAUUGAAAGAAGCUGCACAAUUAUGUUGUUGGGCUUGGUGUUCGGGGAUAAAGGUGUUGAGUAUAUAUGAUGUUAAAGACGAUCUAAAAAAUAAUGCGCAGUUAUUACAAUCUUAUAUUGAUACUUUUUCCCGACAUUUUUUUAUUCAUGAGAAAUUUAUUCCAAUUAUCCGUGUCACUGCACUUGGUGUAUCAACAAAAUAUUCAAAUAAUGAAAGUUCGAACUUACCUGAUUUGCAAGUAAAUUUGAUCUCAUACGCAGAUGGUCGUACACGGAUAGUGGAAGUAGCAAAAAAUAUGGCAGAAGAUGUAAUGCAAGGGAAAAUGAAAAGUAAUGAGUUGGAUGCAGAAGAAUUAGAUCGUCGAUUAAUACCUCAAUUCUCUGAACCUCAACUUCUCAUACUCUUUUCACCUAAAAUUGAGCUUGAAGGCUUUCCACCUUGGCAUAUUCAUCUGACUGAGAUAUUGUAA